CAAAAAAUGGCCUGAUUUACCGAAUCCUCCAGCCGGCUUUGCAAAAGAUCCAAGGCCAGCCAGUGCCAAUCCAAGACUGGACAUAAUAAGACCGGGCAACCAAGGGCACAUGCUCACCUGUUUCGAGUAAGUGACUACCAGCCAAGACUGCCGCCUGCGACCCGAUGCUACUCUUUGGCGGGGGUGGGGUCUAGCGUAUGUGGGAAUGGUCAUUGUCCGAUCUGGCAGGGUCACACGAAUGCCAUCUCCCGUUUGUAGCACGUGAUUGCCAUUGGAUUCAGGGUUUCUUUGCGGGAUAGAACCUAUUGUCCAUCGAAUGCUCUGCAUGCUGCCCAAAAGUUUCACGAAAGGCCGCCGCCUUGAUAGGUAGUGAACUCCCUACAAACCAUUCACAGACGUGAUGGAUCAUUCAAACAAACCCGCGGUUGUUCCCAAGAAAGAGCCACUUCACCGGCACAGCCGAACUGAAUUGAACCUGCUUGACCCUUGACAGACUCUAGGCAGUUAUGAAUAUAUCUAUCCUUUGGAGAGCUGCUGGAGACAUCUACUACGAGGCGAAUGACCACACAUAAAUAUCCGUUUCCUGACCUCCCGAGAGACUGCUGGUGUUGCAUCCUCACGCUUCUCAGGAGAUCUCUACGAACAAGAUCAAAAACAGCAACACUCUCCCUCAGCCCUGCUCGACUAUCGUGUCAAGAUGAAUCUCCUCUUGCUCUUCUCCGCCUUAUUCUUCUUCGCAACCGAGGCCGUUUCAGGCAUUUCCACCAGAACUGCGCUGGCUCGUCGCUCCUUCUUCACCACCUGCAAAGAUGUCCGCACCAGCGGAGUUUUUCUUUUCGCGACCUGUGACAAGAAACCAGGAAGCGACCCCAAGUCCAUCCACUCGUAUCUGGACCUCAGAAAUUGCCUGACCCAGUUCAACGGCACUUUAGCCCCUGCCACCCACCUCAAGGGACAAGGCCUCGACCAGGUCACAGCAUGCGCGAUGACAUCCGGAAGCACGAAGUUAACUUGCUCGGUGAUCCCGCAAUGCGCCGGCUGUCAGAAUCAAACGAACCCCCUCGACCUGGAGGGGAUAAUCCAUAACAACGAUGGCCAGCUCGAGUGCAAGCAGGAGUAAAUAGCGGGAGAGUUGGGGUUGGGUGGCUUAUGGCCUCGCCUAGCCGGAUUUUGUGUCGCCAACUUUAGGUAUCAUUUAACCUGGGAUUCUUUUUGGAAGGAAACUAAUAAAUCCUAACAGCCAUUGCCUCGGCCGUGGGUUAGUCAGGCUCGUGUGGCGUUGAAGAGCGGGCCUGGAAGAAAUCCCACGUUGUGCUUUUGGAAACAACUUUGGUGACUAAACUCAGCUGUCCUAAGAUCUUACAGUUCUUGAAAACGACCCCUUUGGGCUCCGAUAUCUAGUACAAAUCCCAGAAACAAUGUCUGUGGCGUCCAGGCCUCUAAGAGGCUCGCCGAUAAAAUGCAACAAGGAAGGCAAAAAAGAAGAAGACAGUGCAAACAAGGCCACUCGUCGAACCUGCCCGGAUGACCAGCAGAAUCCCUGAUCGGUCAAGGCAGGGACGGAAAGGCGAACUCUGUGAGGGUGGCGGUCGCUACUCCUCAUCCUCCCACUCGGCCGCGUCCUCCUCGAAGGCCUCGGCGGUCUGCUCUUCGGCCUCGUCCAUCUUCUCGACCUCAUCCUGCUCGGCGACCUUCUUGUAGUGCGGGCUGCCGCCCCCCAGCACAGGGACGCCGCCCGAGACAACGGGCACAACGGCACCCCCUGGGACGACGGGCACAGCAUCGCCGGGCCCGUCCCGUAUGCACCGGAGACGACUCCGGGACCGUAUGCGCCGGGGACGAUGCCUGGCCUGUAGGCGCCGGGGACAAAGCCUGGGCCGAAUCCGCCCGGGCCAACACCAGGCCCGUACGCCGCCGCCGGGACUAUGCCGGGCCCGAAAGCGCCGGGAACGACUCCGGGACCGUACGCACCCGGGACGAUGCCGGGCCUGAAUGCACCAG